AUGAGUUUUAGUAGUUUGAUUCGUGAUAAAUCUGUGCCUGAAUGGAAGCAUAAUAAUAUAGAUUACGAUAAGAUUGGUCAAAUUAUAAUAUCACAUAAAGAUGAUAAACAACUAUUAAUUGACACAUUUAAUGAACAAUUGGAGAUUGUCAAUAUUUUUUUAUCUUUAAAGAUUAAAGAAAUUUCCACGAAAAUUUUAUCAAUCGAAUCCUCUAUAAUUAAGUUCUCACAGGAUCAACAGGAAACUUUUGAUAAAAAUAGUUCCAUUUUAAGGAGAAAAUUGAAGAUAAUAAAGAAUCAUACAAGCAAAUAUAGCAGAGAAUUAGAAAAGUUAUCAAGAUAUAUUAUUCUACAAAGGAUAGCUGUUAAACAAUUAUUUCAAAAGAUUUCAAAUAAUUAUGAUUGUGAAUCAAGUAAAAAAUUAAUUAAUGAUAUUAAAAACUUGCCUAUGUUUGAAUUUGGAUAUGAAAAUUUCUCAUUCAAUAACAUUGAUUUGGAUCCGUAUUUUUGGGAAUUGUCUCUGAUAUUUGAUGUAAUUAAUGAUUUUACAACAAAGCUGAACUCUAGUGAUUCUAAUACAGAUAACGACAAUAAAGAUAACGAUUUGAAUUCAGCUAAAAAAAAUAGCACUGAUCUUUUCAUUAAGGAAGCAUCAUAUAGAGCCCAAUCCUCACAACAAAAUGAAAAUGAUAGAUCUACAUCAAUCAAAGCUACAAAGGCAGAACCUAUAUCUUCUAUUGUAGAUUAUGAUAGGAUUUUCCUAGCUGAAACAGAAAAUUUGCAAAGAUUUCUUAUAUCUAAAGAAGAUGUAGAAGAAUUUAAAUUUAUGUUAUUGACCAAUUCCUUUCAGUUAUUCGAUGAAGAUAUCAUUUCCACAACAAAAAAUAUUGUGGAUAAAACAACUAACGGAAUUAUUUCUACAAAUGAUGGUAAUCUAGAGCAACGAACUACGAAUGCAAAUAUAUCUAUUGAAUUGAAACCUUCGAUUAAGUCCUUACGAUCGUUUAGAGAUAUUACCAAGUUUCGUUCACAAUCAUUGUUGACAGUGAAUCCAUUAAAAAAUAUUGAUUUUGAUACUCUAAAUAAUAAUUCUGAUUUACAAGCUAGUAAUAAUAAUACUAAGAUUAAAAGGGAAGAUGACAUCCAAUAUCAAUUGUUAUUUAAUUCAAUAGAUGCUGGGAACACUUCCGAGGGUAAAAAUAUAUUAAAUGGAGACCAAAUAAAUCAAUUUCCUGAUAUGAUUAUGACCAACAAGAAUACUGGUCAUAGUGCUGUGAUGUGUCAUAUUGGUGGAAUAAGAGAUCAUUGUAUUACAACUGGUAUUGAUCAAAAUAUGAUAGAUAAAAUUAUGUCAACUACUAACGAAGUAUGUACGCUUUCAACUUCCAAUGUAAGUGACACUGAACAUCAUAUAAAUAGGUUGAUUAUAGAUUGGAUUAACUCACAUAGCUUAAAACCAGUCAAUCCCACUAUCGAUUUUAAAAGGUUACGGCUUAUCUCUUAUCAUCAGAACAAUAUAUAUAUGUUAGCAAUAUCUAAUGAUAUUGUUAUCAACGAAAACCUAACUUUACCUUAUUCAAUAUUUGAAUUAAGAUGUACACAAAAACGGAGGAGUUCAAAGUUUUUGGAUAAAUUGUAUUCAACCAUAAUUAAUAAAAAAUUGAAUUGUUAUCCCUUACCAAAUGAGUUAACUCUUUGGAAAAUAGCAUUAGAAUUAUAUUAUUUGCAAAGGUCGAGCAAAAAAGAUUUAUUUACAUUAGUUCUAAAAGAUUUAUAUAAGAUUGAUGAAGAUCAUCGUCUAACAGAGGAAGAAUUUUUCAACUUAGGAAAAAGUUCACUUGUAGAAUUAUGCUCUAAAGAGGUUCAAUCGGAAUAUGCAAAUGAUUUGACGAUAAGUGAAAGAAAAGACAAUAAUAACACCAGUCAUAAUAACCUGGAAUUAUCAAAGAUAUCACAAGUGAAAGCAUUGAAUCCAAAGAGAAAACUGGUACGAUAUUGGAAUGAAUUUGAUGAUGCAGAUGAAAAUUCUGAAUUUUAUAACCAAAUGUUUUAUAUUAAUGUGGAUGGAGAUGAUGCUUCAUCGUUAUCUUAUUCACGAUAUGAUGCUGGGUUUAUUAAGUUUGAUAAAAGGUUUAUUGAUGAUUUGUAUGACAAGUGUCAGAGGAUCCAGAGUAUGCUAGCUUUUUCUAAAUCAAAGGAAAAAUUAUUAGAUGGUUUUAGAGAAAGGUAUGGUUCUAUUGCAGCAUCCAAUGAUGAUUUAGAAAGAUUAAUGCAACUUGAACCGAAUAAAAUCAAUAAUACAGAAUCAACUUAUGAAGUGAGGCAUGAUGAAAUUAUAUCAUUAUUAUAUAUGGCAGCUCUUUUAGCAUCUACUAUUAUUACCAGUAUAACUAUUUCCAUUAUUAUUGCUCUUUUCAGGGAAAAAAGUCAGAAUGUUGAAGUGUCCCAUGAGACAAUUCUAAUUGUUAGUAUCAUUUUUACUUUGGUUAUAGCGUUAGUUCUAAUCACAGUAUCUUUGUUGUUGCUUUUUAGCAGAUUUACUUUAGCUCCCACAUGGCAUUAUGUUACUUCAUUUGUAUUAUUUACCACCAUCACGAUAAGUGUAUGCUACGGUAUAAUUGAAAUAUACUUUUAA